CACAUCCAAUACGACACAACCCUUCCGUCGCAACACAACUAUUUGGGCGAUAAUCUGAACGAACUGUCGGGACGUGUGGUGUUGGACGAGACCUCGACUGUGAACAUACCGUUGUUGACCAUCGAGAACGUGGUGUUAGUGCCCUCACAGGUACUGCCCCUUCAGAUACAUCACCCGACCAUUGUGUCGAUGAUGAGGCGUCUGGUCGACGGUCAGCGCACUGUCGGUGUCGUCGCCUCACUCGAGCCCACUCUCGGCACCACCGCUGAGAUCAGGAGCUAUUCGGGUGAUAGCGAUGACGACGGCGAGGGUUUGCCUGUGUUUCGGCUCAAAGCUGAGGGACGGCAGAGGUUUCGCGUUAUGGAGACCUGGAGACAGGACGGCGUCGUCAUGGGAAAGAUACACAGAGAGCAACCUGUGCUGCCUAUGGCCUCACCCCUACAGCCCCUCCACAAUCUCUCUCUCCAUACACCUACUGGUCUUAAUCCUAAGGUGUCCGGUUCGGGUGUAUUCGAGUUCCGACUCAUGUCAUUCAUCAACGACUUAAGUCGCGAUGCGGUCGGCAAUUGUUGCCACUCGUCGGCCGUCCAGAGCGGCGAUAAUAACGGCCCGAACGCCGGCCAACAGUGUAGCGAAAAGUGUCAAACAUUUUUUCGCGUUUGUCUCAAACACUAUCAGACAAACAUCGAUCCGUCGCCUCCGUGUACUUACGGCGAAGUGAUUACCCCAGUGUUCAACGCCAGCACCGUAUAUGUCAGCCAUCAAAACGCACCGACACUUGUCGACGACGACCACACCAUACGGUUUCCAUUCAACUUCUCGUGGCCGGUGUCCGGUUCGGGUGUAUUCGAGUUCCGACUCAUGUCAUUCAUUAACGACUUAAGUCGCGAUGCGGUCGGCAAUUGUUGCCACUCGUCGACCGUCCAGAGCGGCGACAAUAACGGCCCGAACGCCGGCCAACAACAGUGUAGCGAAAAGUGUCAAACAUUUUUUCGCGUUUGUCUCAAACACUAUCAGACAAACAUCGAUCCGUCGCCGCCGUGUACUUACGGCGAAGUGAUUACCCCAGUGUUCAACGCCAGCACCGUAUAUGUCAGCCAUCAAAACGCCCCGACACUUGUCGACGACGACCACACCAUACGGUUUCCAUUCAACUUCUCGUGGCCGGGCACAUUUUCAUUGAUAGUGGAGGCCUGGCAUAACGCGUCGUCGUCGCCGUCAUCCCUGUCCGCAUCGUCUCGAGCCGUACAGUAUAUGGCAAGUGGUGUCCGAAAAAAGGCCAUCGCCAACAGCCAUACAGCCGGUGGUUGCGCUCCUGUGAUGGCACUCAUACAGAGCUUCCGACUCUAA